AAGCCUCUGGGACUGGGAGGGACUGCCGGUUUAACGGUUUCUGGUGGUCGCGCCUCUCACUGUUCAGAGCAAGCGCGACAGAGGAGCUACAAAGCGUCGGAGAGAUAUAGAGAGUUCUCAAGGGACUAAAGAGCGAAACGACUGAGAGAUAGCCGGAGGGAAAAAGGAGGAAAUCGGAGCUCGGGGAAGCUAAAAUGAAGAUAGCUGCAGCUUCUCUAGUCUCGUCUCGGUUCACCCAGUUCUGAGAUUCCCAGUUCGACCAAGUGAGAUAUUUAAGCCGUUAAUGUAAAAAGAACAGACCGAUUUGAAAGGCUGUUCUGGAGUUGCCAUUCCUAUUGCCAUAGUUGUUGCACCUGCGCUUUUUCACUGCGUAAGACGAAUGGAAGAGCAAGAUAGAAGCAUGUGUAAAGAGACAAAACUAUGUGAAGAAUGCAGGUCCAACCCGUCAAUAUACAAAUGUCCUGGUUGCUCCAUACGUUCAUGCAGUCUUGCUUGUGUAAAAGCUCACAAACAACGCACGGGAUGCACCGGCAAGAGGAAUCAGACUCACUUUGUUCCUAUUUCUCAGUUUGAUGACAACCUCCUACUAUCUGACUAUAAUUUGCUGGAGGAUAUGAAGAGGGUAGCUGAAUCUGCUCGAAGAAUGCGAAGUAAAUUUGGUGCGCAUUUUAGGUUACCUUUGCACCUUAAAAGCCUUCGAAAUGCUGCAGGGAGCCGGAAAACUAAGCUCCUGUUUCUUUAUAAAGGGAUGUCAAAAAGAGAGAAGAAUCAGUCUCGAUAUGACAACAGGAAGAAGUUCAUAUCUUGGACUAUUGAAUGGCGUUUUCACCAAACAGAUAUUGUUUUAGUUGACCACGGAGUCGAUGAGAAUGCAAGCUUCAGCACUAUUCUGGAGAAGCAUCUUAAGCCCGGUCCUUGGAAUCAUCAAUUGAGGAAAUUUUGUGAAGAGGAGCUGGAUUGUCUGAAGCUUUUCAUUCGGAAGUACCCAAAGGGACCGAAGUCACCAUUUAAAGAGCUGGACGUGAAAGCUCCAAUUAGAGAGCAAUUAGCAAACGUAGUGAUUUUGGAAUUCCCUGUUGUUCAUGUUUUUCUGCCUUCUCACAACGUCAAUUUUGAAGUUAUCAAGCCGGUCAAUCCCACUUUACAUAAACCACUGCAAAGGGAUUGUGAUGGCGCCCAAAGCCCAAAAGGCAUGGCAUUCAGGGAGGAGGAAAUAGAAGAUGACAACAGCUCCCCAGAUCCUCACAUUUUAGAUCUCAUGAAGCAUUUAGAUUCAGAAUUAUCGCAUCAAAUGCCGAGUCAAAACAAGAGUUCUGAGCGAGCAGUAAAUAUUUCAUCAGAUGGCCCUCUGCUUGAAGGAGACACAGCUGGAGAUCUUUCGCAUUCUUCCCCGAAAAGUGACGAUCUAGAUUUAUCUGAAAAUAUGGCAUUGGACUUUGAUAGUAAUUAUAUGGAUAUCUAUUCUGAUCUUAUGGCUCUAAUUAAUCCUGAGGAUUUUAUUGAUUAUGAAAGUGAACUUUCCAAUAAACCAGGAGUUGAGGGAAGAGAUUUAGGUGGUGUCAGCGGAACAUGUCCUGUGCCAGAGGAAUUGGAGGAAGGGGAAAUUGCAGAAUAAUUGGGACCUAUGGUUCUGUACUGAGCAAUGAGAAGUGGAAAGGCGUGUAACUAUUGGAAAGCUUAUGCUUUCGGUUGUAUCAAGCACGAGGGAAACUUUAGGGUGCUGGGUUUUUGUCACAAUUAUCUGCCCAGGAAAUGAAUCUGCUUUUAUUUUUACUCUCUGGCCUAUGAAUCUGAUCCCCAUUCUUUUCCAUUAGUUAGGCUUCGAUUUGUUAGACUCAUUUUGAUAGUUCUUGACGCGAAAAGAUUGCUGCCCUACUUUGCAUGGGGAAUUCAGAAUGAGCCCUACUCUCA